AUGGGUUUCGCAAAAGUCCUGUUGGGCCGUGGAAGUAAGGAAACAGGCUUGUCCAAAUGCGCAAGGAUAGAUUCCUUAGGCCUUGCGAGGCGUAGGCUGGCUGGUAAAGCUGCGCAGGAGGUGCUGGACACUGGCGCGGCGGACUUCGAAGCCACUGGCCAGGACGGGGACGUUGCGCCUACUGCGCAAGGACUGCUGGAUCUGCAGACCGAAUCUGAUGCUAUUCUGCUCAGGUUUACGAACCGACAUCACAGGGACAGCCUCCGCAUAUACCGCCAACGGUUUAGGGAGCGGUCUUCGUUGGACCUGCCCAACGGCCGCUCUAAAAGCGCUCUACCUGAAACAGGUGUGAGCUUUAGCAGCCAUGCGUCACCGUCAUCUCCAACGACCCGGGAGGGACAGGACGUGGACAAAAUCGGUGAUGCGGACGAUGGUAGCGGCGAUGACCAAGAGCCUCUGAGCGGGCGCACCAGCUGCCCAGGAAACACAGCGCGUCGCCAUGUUCGUUUCAGACGCGCUUCUGACGGCGAAUAUCUCACAACUACACGCGGGCACAAGGCACAUGAGAGCGGCUUUCCGAGCGCCUUGAAGGCGGUGCAACAAAAAGCCGAACGCCUCUUUAGACGCAUUACGGCUAAUUUCACGGAGUCCCACAUCUCAAGAGCUUCUCGCUCCGAAACUCCAUCCCGAGGCGGCUCCCCGGUUCGCCCGUCAAGGAGCGCAGCAACGAGUCGGGCCGCCUCCGCGACCUGGGUUUCCACUUCCUGGGCGCUAGGGCUCCGGAAGCGCAGUGUAGACCUAGGCAGCAGCGUCGGCGGCGGCGGGGGCGACGUGGCGCCCGCGGCUGCUGCCGCCACCGAUGCCGACGGUGCGGACGGCGCCGGCCGACAGGCAGCAGCAGCAGCAGCAGCAGCGGGGCGGCAGCAGCGGCGCGGGAAACGGCAGUCAGCGCCCGGGGAGCUGUACUUUUCUUCCAUCAUCCCCGACGGUGGGGUUGUCGUACAGGAUCCUGCGGUAAGCCCGCGGUUGUCCAGCGCUGUCGGCAGGCCGCGUGCUCGCAGCGUCACGACGAAGAACCUGGUGGUAAGCCGGGCCGUCAGCGUGUGCGCCACCGCAGGGCCCGGUUCCGGAGCCAGUCCUGGAUUUGGGUCCGCCGGGGCGGGGGCGGGGACGGGGACGGGGACGGUGUCCGGGGUGAAGAGCCGAAACUGGCUCGCGCGCAUUUCCCGCAGCUUGGUGGCGUCCUCCUCGCCGUCAAGCCCUCAUAAGGCGCCGGCGGAAGUGGCGGCUGCAGUGGCGACGCAGCCCUCCAGCCCGCCGUACAACGACGGCGGUAUGGGUCUAGAGGGUUUGGCAGGGCAGACCAAUGAUGCGGCGGCGGCGGCGGCAAAAGAACGGCAGCUCGCCGCAGCGAAGGCAGCUGGCAGUAGCGAUGACGUUGUCCAGCUGUCGCCGCUGUCGCCGCCGCUGUCGCCGCUGCCAACCGUUACGGUAGAGACGUCUUGCGCAACGGCAACUGAGUGA